CACACACACAUGUAUCUAUACCAUCCAUAGCUCCCAAUCCACAACAAUGGAGUCGCGAUUGCACCACGCAGGUAUGGAAACCGACCUGCUAUCUCGUCUCGCAGCUAACCACCUGUUUCUAGGUCAAAUCGAACCAUUUCGAGCCACAAUUCUCGCUCUCCGAUCUCGAAACCCUAACCUAGCUCGCUCAAUUCUUCAAACUAUUGUUGCCAACGGUGGCCGGUAUGAGAAUAUCCUGUUUAGUUCCGAUUGUUCACCGGCGAUUUUAACGUAUAUAUGUACUGUAGAACUUCUUCAGUUUAAUGAUAAUACGUUAGGUGUUUGGAGUUUUGAUUCCAACACGUUGCGUCUGCGUGCUGAAUUUGUGCUUUAUGUUCAGAUUGUUGUGUCUAGGGUUUUGGAGAGUAGGAAAGAGGAUAGGAAUUUAGGUCAAGGUGAAUUGGAUGUUGUUAAUUCGGAUUCGGUUAGUGAUAAUGAUGGUACUGGUGUUAGCGAUAUCGAUAUCGAUUCGAAACGGCGGAUUAGUGAAACAAAAGGGGAUACCAGUGAGUUGGACAUUAAAUAUUGGGAUUAUGAUGAGUGUUUGAGAGUAUUGAAUAAGAUCUCGGAGGUCGGCUUCAAGAGGUUGAGGCCGGAUUUGAUUGAAUCGGAGAGUAGAGAGAGUGAAGACCAGGGGAGUUCUGGUGGUGGUGAGAUGGAAGAAGGAGAAAUGAUGUGUUUGAGGGGAGUGAUUUUGGAGAAUGCUGGUAUUUUUGAGGCAUUGUGUGAGAAUAUAGCGAAACAGGUUGAACGGAUUCGAGGGAAUGAUGGUGGUGGUGAUGAUUCUGGUUCUGUUGUUUCUCCUAUGGUUCAGGAAGAGGGCGGAGAUGAGGAUGUUAAGGUGCUUAGAUUGAUACAAAGAUGUGUUCAGAUGGUGCAUUUGGAUGCCAUGAAGGAAUGCUUGAAGAAGGGUGAUAAUGAUGGAGCUCUGUCUCAUAUUCAGUUUCUUCGUUUUGAUUACGGGGUGGAUGAAGCUGAUUACCGCAUGGUUUUGCAAGAUCUCCUUAAGAGGAUUUUCUCAGGAAUGGUGGCCUAUGAUGACACUUGGCUUGCCACUCGAAGUAAACUGCUGUCAGUAUAUGAGAAAGCACUUUCAUCAAACUCCUCAAAUCUUGUCCACGUGAUACAGUCCAUUCAGGAGGAAUUGUUCUCUGAGGAGAUAGAGACACAUAAAGUUUCAAAUGGCAACCAGAUUCCACCCCCUCUUGCUCGGCUUUUAGCCGCACAUAACACACCUGGUGACCAAACGUCAUCGUUGAAGUUGGCACUCUCUGCAUGCAUGAGAGACAUGUAUCAUUAUGCUCGUAUCUCAGGGUUGCAUGUACUUCAAUGUAUCAUGGAUGUUGCACUUUCUGCUGUAAAGAGGGAACAACUUCAAGAAGCUAGCAAUAUUCUUUCAUUGUACCCCCAACUUCAACCUCUUGUGGCUGUUAUGGGUUGGGAUCUUUUACCUGGAAAAACAGAUAUGAGAAGGAAGUUGAUGCAGCUUUUGUGGACUAGUAAAUCACAAAUUCUCAGGCUUGAAGAAUCUUCUCUCUAUGGCAAUAAAUCAGAUGAGGUGUCCUGUGUUGAGCAUCUUUGUGACUUCCUAUGUUACCAACUUGAUCUGGCUUCUUUUGUUGCAUGUGUCAAUUCUGGACAAACAUGGAGUUUGAAAUCAUCAUUACUCUUGUCUGGAAAAGGACAUACAGAGCUUGAAAACCGAGAUUUCCAGUUGGACCCGUUUGUUGAAAAUCUUGUUCUCGAAAGAUUAUCGAUCCAUAGUCCCCUUCGAGUUUUGUUUGAUGUAGUUCCAGACAUUAGAUUCCAAGAUGCUAUCGAGUUAUUUAGCAUGCAACCAAUAACAUCUAAUUUAGCAGCCUGGAAGAGGAUGAAAGACGUUGAACUCAUGCACAUGCGUUAUGCCAUGGAGUCUGCUGUUCUUGCCCUUGGAUCUAUGGGGAAUAGCAAGAAUAAUGAAGUAAAAAGCUACCAAAUGGCACUAUGUUACUUGAAAGACCUCAGGAUUCACUUAGAGGCCAUCAACAAUGCUCCACGCAAGAUAAUGAUGGUGAACAUUAUCAUCUCACUUUUGCAUAUGGACGAUCUCUCUCGAGGCUUUCCGCCACCUACCACACACCCUGACACUAGUGAGGAAAGUGGUGAUCCCUGCACUAACGAAGAAGGCAAUAAUAUGGUCAUAUCAUUCACAGGGCGGCUUCUUACUAUAUUAAGGCAAAAUUUGCCUUCAUCUAUUACCGAUCAGGAGAUUGCAAAUGACGGAAAUGCUCCUACUGAUGGAAAACAAGCUCUAGAAUGGAGAAUCUCAAAGGCGAAAUCUUUCAUUGAAGAUUGGGAAUGGCGGUUAUCCAUCUUGCAAAGUCUUCUUCCGUUGUCUGACCGCCAGUGGAAAUGGGAAGAGGCGUCGACCGUAUUACGUGCUGCCCCAUCCAAGCUGCUGAAUCUUUGCAUGCAGAGGGCAAAGUAUGACAUUGGAGAAGAGGCUGUUAACCGUUUUUCUUUGCCUCCAGAAGAUAAAGCAACUCUUGAACUGGUUGAAUGGGUGGAUGGAGCCUUUAAGAAAGCAUCCGCUGCGGAUGCUGUUUCUCGUGCUGCUGAUGGAACUUCUGUGGUCCAAGAAUUAGAUUUUUCCACUCUUCGCGCUCAAUUAGGUCCUUUAAUCGCAACUCUUCUAUGUAUUGAUGUAGCUGUUGCAUCUUCAAGAUCAUCAAAUUUGUCACAGAAGCUUCUAGAUCAGGCUCAAGUUAUGCUGUCAGAGAUCUAUCCUGGCCGUGCUCCUAAGAUGGGUGCUACUUAUUGGGAUCAAAUCUAUGAAAUUGCAAUAAUUUCAGUUGCCAAACGGCUUCUUAAACGUCUUCAAGAAUUGUUGGAACAGGAGAAGUUUCCGGUACUUCAAGCUCUUUUAACGGGGGACCUAAUAAAUACUUCGUCAAAAGAUUUCCAAAGGCAGGGACAUAGGGAGCGAGCUCUUGCUAUGUUACAUCAAAUGAUUGAAGAUGCUCACAUGGGAAAGCGACAAUUUCUUAGCGGUAAGCUUCAUAAUCUCGCAAGAGCUAUUGCUGAUGAGGAAAAUGAAAGAGAAUAUAGGAGAGCAGAGAGUUUGUAUCAUGAUAAAGAUGCUCUGAAUCAUGAAAAAAAUGGAGUUCUAGGGCUUGGGUUGAGACAUGCGAGUCAACAAUCAUCGAGUGGUGAAAAGUCAAUCGUUUCAACGUCAUAUGAUGUUAAGGACGCUGAAAAAAGAAUAUAUGGUCCGUUGGCAUCUAAAGCUACAACAUAUCUUUCCCAAUUUAUCCUCCAUAUUGCAGCUAUUGGUGACAUAGUUGAUGGCACAGAUACUACUCAUGACUUCAAUUAUUUCUCUCUCAUUUAUGAAUGGCCUAAAGAUCUAUUGACCCGUUUGGUGUUUGACCGGGGUAGCACUGAUGCAGCUGCAAAGGUGGCAGAAAUUAUGUCAGCUGAUUUCGUACAUGAAGUGAUUUCCGCAUGUGUGCCCCCGAUUUAUCCACCUAGGUCUGGUCAUGGCUGGGCAGACAUCGCGGUAAUUCCUACAUGCCCUAAAAGUAAUUCAGAAUGUAAAGUUCUUUCACCUUCUUCAAAAGAAGCCAAACCGAGUUCUUAUUGUCCGUCCUCUGCCACACCUGGAGUUCCCCUGUACCCUCUUCAGUUAGAUGUCGUAAAGCAUCUUGUGAAACUCUCCCCUGUUAGAGCCGUGUUAGCAUGUGUUUUCGGGAGUUGUAUUUUAUACGGAGGGGGUGACUCAACCAUAUCAAAUUCUUUAACCGAGGGCUCGGUGAUGAAACGCGAUGCUGACAGAUUAUUCUAUGAGUUUGCACUUGAUCAAUCAGAGAGAUUUCCAACCUUGAAUCGGUGGAUACAAAUGCAAACUAAUCUUCACCGAGUUUCGGAGGUUGCUGUAACUGCGGAACACACAAUUAAUGAUGGAAGUGAGGCAAAAACUUCUGUGAAGCGUUUUCGCGAGCACGAUAGUGAUUCUGAUUUAGAACAUGAGGACCUGGCCGUGUGCCCCACCAUAUCUGUGAUUCCCGAAACCGCAAAUGAAAGUGGUAUUUGGCAAGAUUCUCCCAAGUCAGAGACUAUUGAAACUGAUACAACCGUCUUCCUCUCUUUCGGAUGGGAGAACGAAAAACCAUACGAAAAAGCCGUUGAAAGAUUGAUAGAAGAAGGAAAAUUAAUGGACGCUCUUGCUCUUUCUGAUCGAUGCUUACGUGAUGGUGCUUCGGAUCAUUUACUUAAGUUAUUAAUUGAACGUGAAGAGGAAGAUCAUACUGUGUAUAAUCGAUCAGGUCAUUCGACUUUUAGGAUACCAGGUUAUAGCUGGCAGUAUUGCCUAAGGUUGAAAGAUAAACAGCUUGCAGCCGCACUUGCACUGAAAUAUUUGCAUAGAUGGGAAUUAGAUGCUGCUUUGGAUGUUCUCACCAUGUGCCACUGUCACUUGCUGGAAAUUGAUCCUUAUAAAAACGAGGUUGUUCUAAGGAGACAAGCUUUAAUGCGGUACAGUCAUAUACUAUCUGCAGACGAGCGUUACAAUAGCUGGCAAGAGGUUGAGGCGGAGUGUAAGGAAGAUCCCGAGGGUCUAGCCCUUAGGUUAGCGGAAAAGGGAGCUGUUUCUGCUGCUUUAGAAGUUGCUGAAAGUGCAGGGUUAUCUAUUGAACUUCGUAGAGAACUUCAGGGUCGUCAACUUGUAAAACUUCUUACAGCUGACCCCAUAACUGGUGGUGGGCCCGCUGAAGCUUCACGGUUUCUGUCUUCCUUGCGUGAUUCAAAAGAUGCUCUUCCGGUUGCAAUGGGAGCAAUGCAGCAAUUGCCCAACCUUCGAUCUAAACAAUUGCUUGUUCAUUUUUUCCUGAAAAGAAAAGACAGCAACUUAACCGAACCCGAGCUUUCCCGCCUUAAUUUGUGGGCCCUAGGUCUUCGUGUGUUGGCGGUCUUGCCUUUACCAUGGCAGCAAAGAUGUUCUGCAUUGCACGAGCAUCCUCAGCUAAUUGUUGAAGUUUUGCUGAUGCGUAAACAACUUCAAUCUGCUUCUAUGAUACUUAAAGAAUUCCCAUCACUAAGAGACAACAAUACAAUCCUCACAUAUGCUGCUAAGGCAAUUUCGGUUACUAUAAGCCCGCCUCGACGCGAGUCACGAAUACAAGUUUCGGGCCCCAAAACAAAGCAAAAAUCAGGAACCCCUACACGAUCUUCUUUUUCUAAUAGUUUAAGUAACUUGCACAAGGAGGCACGUAGGGCUUUUUCUUGGAACCCAAGAAAUAGUGCUGAGAAAACCACUCCUAAAGAAGUUCAGAGGAAACGGAAAGGGUCAGGACUUACACAAACGGAUAAAGCCACUUGGGAAGCAAUGGCUGGGAUUCAAGAAGACCGUGUUUCGUCAUACACAAUAGACGGUCAAGAUCGUCUUCCUUCAGUUUCUAUUGCUGAUCAGUGGAUGCUCACCGGUGAUAUAGUUAAAGAUGAAGCUGUUCGGUCUUCUCAUCACUAUGAAAGUGCACCAGAUAUCAUUCUCUUCAAGGAACUGCUUUCGCUGUGUUCAGACGAGAGUUCAUCAGCAAAAGGUGCUUUGGAUUUAUGUGUUAAUCAAAUGAGAACUGUUUUAAGCUCUCACCACUUGCCUGAAAACGCAUCAAUGGAAACUAUUGGUCGAGCUUAUCAUGCUACAGAGACAUUUGUUCAGGGGCUUCUUUACGCUAAAGCUCAACUUAGAAAGCUUGAGGUUUCUGGUUAUUCCGAAAGAAAUAAAGACAUUGAGGAUACAUCCUCUGAUGCAGGCAGCUCUAGUGUGGGUAGUCAGUCAACUGAUGAGCUCUCUGAAGUCCUAUCACAAGCUGACACGUGGCUCAGGCGAGCUGAGCUGUUGCAAAGUCUUUUGGGAUAUGGAAUUGCUGCUUCUCUUGACGAUAUUGCUGACAAAGAAUCAUCUGCACGGUUGCGUGAUCGAUUAAUUCUUGAAGAACGAUAUAGCAUGGCUGUGUAUACUUGUAAAAAGUGUAAGAUUGAUGCAUUUGCUGUAUGGAAUGCUUGGGGACUGGCUUUAAUUCGGAUGGAACACUAUGCUCAAGCUCGUGUCAAAUUCAAGCAAGCACUUCAAUUGUUUAAAGAUGAUCCUGCACCAGUUAUUCAAGAUAUUAUAAAUACAAUUGAAGGCGGCCCACCAGCUGAUGUGUCAUCUGUUCGUUCCAUGUAUGAGCAUUUGGCUAAAAGUGCACCUGCAAUUUUGGACGAUUCUCUUUCUGCUGACUCGUAUCUUAACGUUUUAUAUAUGCCAUCUACGUUUCCACGGUCUGAGAGAUCCAGGAGAUUACAAGAAGCUUCAGAUGGAAAUUCCGUAAACGCAUCAGAUUUCGAAGACGUUCCACGCAGCAACCUGGAUGUCAUUCGAUACCUUGAAUGUGUUAACUAUUUACAAGAGUUUACACGCAAGGAUUUGCUUGAUUUUAUGUUCAAGCAUGGCCAUUACAAGGAUGCCUGCAUGCUAUUCUUUCCUGAAAACGGCAUUCCUUCGCCACCUCAACAACCGCCACUUGCUGCCAUGUCAUCAUCGACCCCACAGAAACCUGAUCCACUUUCAACUGAUUAUGGAACGGUUGAUGAUUUGUGUGACCUGUGCAUUGGUUAUGGAGCCAUGUCUGUUUUAGAGGAAGUAAUGGCUUCUAGAAUGUCAUCCACAGAAACUGCUGAUGUGGAGGUGAAGCAGUAUACAUCAGCUGCACUUAGCCGCAUUUGUGUAUUCUGUGAAUCAUAUAAGCAUUUCAACUACCUUUACAGAUUCCAGGUGAUAGGGAAGGAUCAUGUGGCUGCUGGACUUUGUUGUAUCCAGUUAUUUGUGAAUUCAUCUGUUCUAGAUGAAGCUAUAAAACACUUGGAAAAUGCUAAGAUGCAUUUUGAAGAAGCAUUGGCAGCGAGAUAUAAAAUUGGUGGGUCAACUAAGGUUGUCACCAAGGGUAUUCGUGGAAAAAGUGCGUCACAGAAACUUACAGAAGAAGGAUUAGUGAAGUUUUCUGCUCGAGUUGCCAUGCAGGUGGAUGUGAUAAAAUCCUUUAAUGAUACCGAGGGACCCCAAUGGAAAUACUCCCUUUUCGGAAAUCCGAAUGAUCCAGAAACUUUUAGGAGGAGGUGUGUGAUAGCAGAAGCUCUUGUUGAGAAGAACUUUGACCUGGCUUUCCAAGUGAUCUACGAGUUCAAUCUUUCUGCUGUUGAUAUAUACGCUGGUGUGGCGUCAUCACUUGCUGAGAGAAAGAAAGGCGGUCAAUUGACUGAAUUUUUUAGAAAUAUUAAGGGCACUAUUGAAGAUGAAGACUGGGACCAGGUUUUGGGAGCAGCUAUUAACGUAUAUGCCAACAAACAUAAGGAACGCCCCGAUCGUCUUAUUGACAUGCUAACUAGCAGCCACAGGAAGGUUUUGGCUUGUGUGGUGUGUGGCCGCCUUAAAAGUGCCUUCCAGAUUGCUUCUAGAAGCGGAAGCGUGGCUGAUGUCCAGUAUGUAGCACAUCAGGCGUUACAUGCAAACGCACUUCCAGUGCUUGAUAUGUGCAAACAAUGGUUGGCUCAAUACAUGUAAAAUACGACCCACCAACCCCGAAACCCAGUUUUAUUAGGUUUGUAAAGUCCAAUGCACAUUUUAUAGCAUUUUUGGCAUUUGAGGGGGGAAAAGGUUUGUGUUUGUGCAGCAGAGAAGCUAGAAGAGGUGUAUAUAUCAUUCGGAGUGUUUGUUUGUCAACUUUCAAUACCAUGGUCGUAAGUUUUGCCUUCAUUUUGACUGAAGGGUAGAUGAUAUUUUGACUUUUAGGAGUCAAAUUUGCUACAUUUUGAAAGAAAAAAAAAGUUGUUUUGCUGUGGUAACAUUUAUUUACAGAAAGUAUCUGCAGCUGCUUAUAAGCUGAAUCGUUGAGUUGACUUUCUUGAGGUCAAAUAUUUGUCUUGAAACUGGACAUGAUGAUACUUGUACAUUUUAUUAUGUGAUUAUUUUUUUUUGCUUGAAAA